AUGGGCCUCAUCGAGGACCUCGUCGGCGACCUCUCCGCCAAGUCGGUGGGCGUCUUCGUCGCGGCCUCGUGCACCAUCUACGUCGUCCUCUACUGGCUCCCCUUCGGCAUCGACUUCCUCUACCGCGGCAUCCGCGACAACCGGCGCGACCUCAACAUGGAGAACUGGCAGAGCCAGUUCGCCCGCAUCGGCGCCUACACCGCCGAGGCCAACGUCGCCGGCCACCCCGUCAUCUUGACCGCCGAGCCUGACAACGUCAAGGCCAUCCUGUCCACCCAGUUCGCCGACUACGGCAAGGGCGAGGACUUCCACGCCGACUUUCGCGAUUUCCUCGGCGACAGCAUCUUCGCCACCGACGGCGACCUCUGGCACUCGAGCCGCCAGCUCGUCCGCCCCCAGUUCAUCAAGGACCGCGUCAGCGACCUGCACUGCUUCGAGCAUCAUACGCAGUCCCUGUUCAGGGCCAUCGCCAACGGCGGGCCCCUCAACGGCGGGGGUCAGUACGUGGAUCUCGAGGCUGGCGAUGGCCGAAAGGUCGAUGUUAGUGACUUGUUUUACCGCCUGGCCCUCGACGUCUCGACCGACUUCUUGUUUGGCUACUCUGUCGACACUCUCUUGCGCCACAUGGCUCAUCCCCGCCGCACCUUCUGGCCCGGCCUCCGCACCAUCGACUCCUUCGUCAACCAGUACAUCGACCGCGCCCUCGCCCUCGCCCCCGAGGAGCUCGCCUCCAAGACCAAGUCCGACAAGGGCUACACCUUCCUGCACGCCGCCGCCGGCUUCACCCGCGACCGCAAAGUCCUGCGCGACCAAAUCGUCGCCCUCCUCCUCGCCGGCCGCGACACCACCGCCUCCACCUUGUCUUUCGCCCUCUACGAGCUCUCUCGCCGGCCCGACGUCGUCGCCAAGCUCCGCCGCGAGAUCCUCGCCACCGUCGGGUCCCGCCGCUGCCCCACCUACCGCGACCUCAAAAACAUGCCCUACCUCAAGGCCGUCGUCAACGAGACCCUCCGCCUCUAUCCCGUCGUUCCCUUCAACGUCCGCGUCGCCCUCCGCGACACCACCCUGCCCCGCGGCGGCGGCCCGGACGGCAAGAGCCCCGUCGCCGUCCUGAAAAACACCUCGGUCGCUUACUCUACCCUCGUCAUGCAGCGCCGCCCCGACAUCUACCCCCGUCUCCGACUCCUUUGCCGACCCCGCCCUCUACAGCCCCGAGCGCUGGGAGCACUGGCACCCCCGCGGCCACGACAGUUCGCCCUCACCGAGAUGGCCUACGUCAUCUGCCGCAUGUUUCAAAAGUUUGAGCGCGUCGAGGGCUUCACCCGCCCCGGCCCCACCGGCGAAGUCCGCCUCAAGACUGACCUUACCCUCAAGCCCGGUGACCCCAUCGUCGUCGCUUUCUGGGAGGCCAAAUCGUCUGGGGAGGAGGCGGACGGGUCGCUCAACGAAAAGUAG